AUGAAUGCUGCUGCAGUACUGGUGAUACUCCUGCAUUGGGUUAAAGAGUGGCCCGAGUGUCUUGAGAGCAUUGCACAUCAGCUCCGCGUGUACUGGGACUCAUCUCUUAGAGAUUUAAUUCAACGUGCAACCAAACAGUGGGACCUUGUAUGUGCAGCUUGUCGAGAAGGACAGCAGCUUCUUUUGCAGCAAUACACAGAUGGGCACAACUCAGACUUGUCUAGUCCGGAAAGCGCUGAUGCAAAUGAGCAGCAACACAAGAGUGCUACUUUUGCAUCAGCUGGUAAAAUUGACACUGACGUCUGUCAGUUGUCAGAACUAGAAGAAACGCUACUUCAAGAAGAUGCGAGCUCAAGAAAAUUUGCAACAACUACAAGAAAACAGUGCGAAUUCUGUCCACUGCGUGGGGAAAUGUUUGUAUUUUUGCUCCUUCAAUACUUGAAACGGUCGGACCUGCAACUAUCAGUAUUUUGCAAAGAUAUGCCUGCCAUCGUUGAAGCCCGAAAUCAGGCAAUCUCAAGCUAUGGGAGCCCGUAUACAGUACUCCUAUGCAUUCUGUAUUGACUGCAGGUUUUCGAUAGAGCAAUUUCCGACCCUCUGAUUGCAAAAUGUCUGGGGUGUCCUCUUGGCUACUCCAAGCUCAUCUUGACAGUAGAAGAGGCAGUAGCCGUUUACAUGGACUUACAGCUUAGGCGGGCCGCUUUCACACAUUCUCCAAAGUGCGACGGGGAAACCGUGGAGAUCGACAGCUGGGAAGAAAACGUGGCUCGUCUCUGCUCUCGACUCCCCUUCUCCGAGCGUCUCCUGGCUUGCUACUCAAGACUACUAGCCUCCAGAUUGCUGCCGCAGUACGUCACGUGGGGCCUUGAUGGUGCGACGCCUGGGACACCGCAGCAAGGUUCCCAUGUCAAUGAUGUGGAGGGGACCCCGCUUCACAUUCGACUAGCGCGUGCGCGAAGCGCAGUCGGGACAGCGAAUGCUGCUUACCUGCCUUUCUUCGAACCUGCUAGGAUCAAGGAUAACGAGGAGGCCAUGUGUACUUUAGACAUCUUUUCUGAGGCAGCAGAAAAAGUUUGUGCCUUGGAGCUGAAGGUGUGGGAAGCAAUGCAGCAUGCGUUUGAAGCACGUUGCUGCAUUCCACCAGAGGAGCAGUGGCGCAUCAGGCAAAUGAUAUCAGACGUUGCUUCAGCGCAUGAAACGCUAGCCCUAUAUACCAGACAUAUGCAGCAGGAUAGCUUUACUGCUUCGGCGUCAGUAUCAACUUCAGCAGUACAGGGACAGACAUUUAAAGGACAGCAACAGUGCAUGCAAGAUGAAACACCACCAGUUGCUGACAAAGAUAAUUCAUUUGACAACCAGGGAACUGUUGCUCAAAGAAACACAGUAGCGAAACCUGAAUGUAAAUGUACAUGCGCAUUUGAAGCAUUGGUUCUCACAAAAACCGCCUGGGAAUCGCACUUUCCUGUCGGGGCCACCGCUACUACUGGACCCCGUGUCCCACCCCCAGACGCCAGUGUGCCGCUCUGCCAGCACAGCCGGCAGUGGAAGGAUAUUGAUGGUUUGAAGAUUCCCCAGCAGCUGCAGAUGCACUUGGAGGCAUUCGGUAGUAUGUACAAAGCACACUUCCCUGAACGGAAGCUUGUUUGGCUGUGGAAGGCCGGUCAUGCAGAUAUGACUAUUCGGGUCGAAGAACAUCCACACUACUACGACAGCAAAUGUGGUAGCGCUGAUUGUUGUAGCACAAAGACUAAAUGCUUCCGCAUCUGCCUGAAGGCAGCACUCGUGCUGCUUCUCUUCAACGAAAUGUCAUCUGUCUCAGCCCAGACAGCAGCCUAUCUGACUGGCCUCUCUUAUUCAGAAGCUCUAUCCAUCCUAGAAGGACUCCAGGUCAAGCCUCAAGACCUUCUGACUGAUGCAGCACGUAUCUUGUUCCUCUUCAGUGCAGGCCCUCAAGAGACACUUCUCGAAUGUUCUGCAGUGGAACUGGCAACCACUAUUAAAUGUCCACCAACAAUUCGUGGAAAGGUCAAGGACCCACUGGAUCCAGAAGCACGAGGCAGGCUUGAUGCUAAAGUUGUCAGGCUUUUCAAACAGCAUCGCCAACUAACACAUCAGCAGUUGCUGGAGUCAUUGCAAUUACCAAUGGCACCUUCGUCUCAGCCCAACACUUUGGAACCCAAGGAACAACGUCAAAUUUGGCCUCCAGAAGCUGUCAAGCUAUGUCUCGAGGGCCUUAUAUCCAAAGAGUACAUUGCUAGAGACGAAAGUGACCGGCAUAACAUACUAACCCUUGCUCACAGUCAUUGUUAUUCGAGCCUAGAGAAUCUAGAUUUGCCAGGGAAGGCAGUUUGUAUAACAGCUACGUUAGCUGGCGUAACGCCACUCAGUGCAAUCGACUCUCCCGCAUGCAAUAGGGACUCCUGUAAACUUGUUAAAGUCAUCCCCCUCUUAUAG